AUGGCCACGGAACCCGCGCAACAGGAAGAGCAUGCCGCAAACACAGCAAAUGCCACGGCGGCGCAUCGCGAAGCAUACGACUACUGGGGCUACCUUUUUCAAGAAGACAAAUGUGGGACGCGCAAACUCGAUGGUCUGCUCAGAGGCAUUGCAGAGGUUAUUAGCAACAAGUUUGAACCCAGCGACUCGCCUGAUCUGACGCCGUCGCAAAUCGCAGCUUGGUACCGCAGUGUUGGCGGCGACUAUGAUGUCCUGUUUACCGACACGCCGCCGUCUUCGAUAGCAUUCAUCUACCGCUCGCUGGGCGCAUACCACAGUUUGCAGCCCGCAGCAGACGACGAUGGAUACUCGAGCCCAACGAUACCGGCCUUGAAGAAGCAAGGGUUUGUAACGUGGCAGACUAUUCAGCUGUUGCUGGGACCAGAAGAGCACGUACCGUUUCUCCAAAGAGCCGUGGAAUUGGACGACAUACCGGACCCCGAGACGGGCAAUCCUUUCCCCAAGAUCCUUCCAAAAGAGUGCUUUCCAGACAAGCCCGACGAUGCCAUGGAGGCGUGGUAUCACAAUGUCGCAGCCAGGCUCAAGAAGGAGGCGGAAGAGGAGGCCAACGAAGGGAGUACCGACGAAGCGAGACUGCGUUCUUCUACCGAGUACGAGCCUUCUUCGGCGGACGAGAAGCAUGGGGCGUUCCGGUACUUUGAAGAUCCGCUCUACCGCAACGAGAGACCAAGGCCUACUUUUAUGCGUCAUGUCAUGAAGCAGUCUGCCCGGCCUGUUGACGAUCGCGACCGGGCCGUCACGUCACGGGUCAGGCACAUGCUGAACCCGCUGAAUCCAUUUGCUAGUAGAAAGAAGACGAUGCCAGGCCGAUCUCACGAUGCGCCUGCAGCACAGCCGGGCUAUUUUCCCGCUUACCACGAGGCGCGUCGAUACUCCAACCAACACGAGACGGUUCGGGUUGAAGGACGAAGUUCUACAGCAACAUCACCACAGCCGGUGUACCGGCCGACUACGUCGCCGCUGUUUGCGACGCAGGUUGCUCAUGCACAGCAGGAAGCACGAAAGUACUAUGAGCGCAGACCUGCCAUGCCUCCACGCACGAGCUACCGACCUGUGCCUGCGCCACACAGCGGGGUGCGGUGGGGAUCGCCGACGUUGCACCCUGUGCCGCCCUCUCGCGAAGGUGAGAGUGCAUAUGUGCGCGAGCGAGAACAUCAAUAUCGUGAGCGAGAGGGGCACGAUGGAGGCAGCAGCAGCGGGCGAUCACACCGACGGCACUCUACAGACGUCGAGUAUCCUCGAGAGCGCGAUCGUGACAGUGACAGGAGACGAAGCCACGACCGGGCCAAAGACGAGUGGGAUGACCGCGACUAUGUACGAUCAUCAAGAAAUGGGAGUCGGGAUAGGGAUAGGGACAGGGACAGGGACAGGGAACGAGACCGGGAGCGGGACAGAGGGCGGGAUCCACGGAUGCAUAGUGUCAGAGGCCAGAUUGUGCGGCUGCUCAAGGAGUUUUGA